AAUGCGUAGAUCAAUUCAAGCGAAUAUUUAUUGUACGAUUACCGAUUGAAUUACCAUUAACAUCGAUCUGGUGAAUAUUGUUGACAAUGUGUGCAAUUUCAAUUCUUCGUUAUUUCAAGAUUGUUCACCAUCAAUCCAGAUAUCUGAAGCUUGACACUAAAUGACAACCACUGUCAAGCGGUGUUUAGGUGACGAAACGUUGUUUUUUCAUCGCCUCAAUCCGGCGUUUUUACAAGGUACAAUUACAAGGUCUGGAAGCCACAAUUCUGCAUUAAACGCUGCUACCCAAUCGAUUCGACAAAAUGUGGGACGCAUCAGAGAGAACGUUGUAUUCCAUCAUAGCAUUUAUCUUUGUAGAAACGCUUCUAGAACUGUAUCUAACAAUGCGUCAGGUACGCAUUUACAAACAGUGUAAAACCGUACCGAAGGAACUGAAACAUGUAAUGAACGAUGAUACAUUCGAGAAGGCUCGCGUUUACGGAUUGGAUAAGGCUUAUUAUGGUAUCUUUAAGAUGAUUUUGUGCGAUAUCGUGAUAAUGCAGCUAGAACUGUACUAUGGGUUCAUGGCCAUAGUAUGGGCACGUUCAGUGCAGAUCUCCGCCAACAUUGGGCUAAAUCCAAAAAGUGAAAUUCAUGUAGGGUGCCUCUUUGCUCUACUACUGAACGUGAUAGCAGUGCUGAAGGAUAUGCCCUUUAAAAUUUAUGGCACGUUUGUGCUUGAGGAAAAGCACGGUUUCAACAAGCAGACUGCAGGAUUCUUUGUAAAGGAUCAAAUCAAAGCUUUCUUAGUUUCGCAAAUUUUGAGCAUUCCCAUCGCAGCAGUUUUUAUAUAUAUCGUUCAAAUUGGUGGACAAUUAUUCUUCGUUUGGCUUUGGGCUUUUGUAGCUGUUGUUACGCUGGUGCUCAUUACCAUUUAUCCAGUGUAUAUCGCUCCAAUAUUUGACAAAUUCCGUCCAUUGGAAGAAGGAGAACUGAAACAAAGUAUACAGACUCUGGCAAACAGUGUAAAGUUUCCACUGGGACAGCUAUUUGUUGUUGAAGGUUCGAAACGUUCUGCGCACAGCAAUGCUUACUUCACCGGGCUUUUUGGAGUGAAGCGAAUCGUGUUGUUCGAUACGCUGCUGGUCAACAAAGGUCUGCCGGAAGACGAUCCUUCACUGACGGAAAGUGACAAAGGUAAAGGAUGUAAGAACGAGGAAGUGUUGGCCGUUUUGGCUCAUGAACUUGGUCACUGGAAGUUGGGACAUGUUUCCAAGAAUAUAGUAAUUAUUCAGGUUCAAAUGUUUCUAAUUUUCCUCGCCUUCUCACAACUCUUCACUUAUGGUCCGCUGUAUGAAGCGAUCGGUCUACCAGCGGGCGAGAAACCCAUUCUGAUUGGAUUCAUUGUUAUUUUGAUGUAUGUUUUGGCACCGUACAAUACGGUGAUCUCGUUCGCUAUGACAGUUAUAUCGAGACGAUUUGAAUACCAGGCUGAUGCUUUCGCUCAAGAACUCGGAUAUGCUAAAGAUUUGGGAAAUGCACUUAUCAAAUUGCAGCUGGACAAUCUUGGAUUUCCUGUGUACGAUUGGAUGUACUCCGCAUGGAAUCAUUCCCAUCCAACCGUGCUUCAACGGCUUGACCGGCUAAAAACUUACACCCAAGGAAAAGGACAACCCCAAAAAUCUAAGUCCCAAUAAGCUAGGAGAUUAUUCGGGCCAAAGUCACAUUGCAAAUUCGUCGGAUAUUGUACUUCCAACGCUUCGGAAUUUAUCAACAAAAAAACCCUAAAUAUAAUCGAUUUAUCGUACAAAAUAUUUUUACUUCACCAAAUUACCAAACAAAUCAAUCCUUUGUAUAUGCACAUUCUGGAGCCAGAUGUGCACUUGAAAUAGUGUUUUCGUACACAAAAAUUUGGUAAAUCGCAUAAAUGUAGUACAUAAUGUGAAAUAAAAUAUUGAAACCAA